ACGACUUUAUUGUCAAUAGAAAUUUGUCAAAAUUGUUCAAGUGAUGUACUAGUGUUUCUUUUUAUGUUAAAUUCUCAGUUAUUUAAGUGCGAUGGAUAAGUUUUCAACGGAGAACCUCAUCCUGCUGGAGUUCCUCGUCGAUCAAGUGAGUCUCGAGCAUUCCGUGAAGCAGGACCUGCAGACGAUGAUGGGAGAGACGUGCGUAUCCUUCCAGUUUUUGGAUAACAGUCCGUUGAUGGUUUCCGAGGAGGAUUUCGCGCCGAAGAAGAAAAACUUUGGUGGAUGCGACGGUUGCAGCGACGUGAAGAACGGAAAGUCUUGUUUGUUCUCGUUGACGCCGGAACAGGCGCACGAGGCGAUGCAGCAGUUCGACAUCUACGUGGAAGUGUUCAAGAAGAUGCGCUGCGGCACUUUACCAGACAAGGUGCUCAUCGGGGAGUCGUUGAUUUCGAUCGUCAAUUUGUUCAACGAGCUCGUCGAUUCGUCUGCCAACAGGGAAGAUGAGACCGUGGCGAAGACGCUGAAGGAUUGCUUCAAGAUACAGAACUUGUCUGGAGAGUUGGUCGGCUACAUCAGCGUUUACAUAAGGAUGUCGUGCUUCGGAAAGUUGAUCGUCACUCAGUUUCAAAUGAAUCUGCAAGAUAAUUCUGUAGAGUUUAAAGCCAAGGAGGGUCAUUAUCUGUUCAAGUACAACAAGAAAGAUGGUUCGCAAUGCCCGGCUUCGUGUCCGCCACCGGCGGAAUGUCCUCUUCCACCUAGACCGUGCCCGCCUCCACGACAACAACACCAGCAGCACAAUUAUAUGCCUCAGCAGCCGCCUUGCGCCAUGCCACCUCCUUGCAUGCAGAACAAUCAUGCGAUGCAAAUGCAACCUCCUUGCGCGAUGCCUCCACAGUCCUGUCCACCGCAGCCAAAUUACAAUCGUGGCGGUUGCUCCCCCGUCAAUUCUACGUGCAUGCAAUCUUGUCCCAACUACAGUCCUCCACCUUGUCCUCCGCCCUCUUGUCCUCCUCAGAUGAACCAUCUCAACUUGCAAACUCCUUGCAACGAAUGCGAACUUCCACCUGACGAUCCUGAAGCAGAUUACCAAGAGAUUGGCGCAUGCAUGGGCGGAAAUUCACUGACGAUUCGCGUCCACAAAGAGAAGAAGCAGAUCAGCGAAUGCGCCUGUUCCGACGAUGACGACGCUCCCAGGCCUCCAGCUGCACCGCAACCUCCAUUCAACUUUAAAGUAAACGGUUGUCCUCAAGCAGCUACCAAUGUAUCGAUCACUCCACCGACUUGCACAGCGAAGGACGGUACCAAAAUCACGGAGAUUUCCGAUCCCGACAAAGAGGUGUUCAUUCUGAGGAUAGGUAAAAAGAGCGAGGGCAAUAACAAGAAGAACAACCUGGAGCUGGAGCUGUGCACUCCGAAGGGUAAAGAGGUGAAACCGCCACCCAAAUUGGAGACGCGCGACACCCAAUACGAAGUGGGAGACUUCCCCGCGGAGACGGGGAAGAAGGAAAAAGGAAAGGGCGGUAAAGAGAAGAAGGGUCGAAAGGCUAAAGGAGGAAAGGGUAAAAAGGGCAAGAAAUGAUGUAAAAUGUUUUGU